GACCAAACCGGAAGAAAACGUGGGUUACACGCGGGGGAUCGGUUCGAUUCCGCAAUCAGCGCGUGAGAAAAUGUGGAGAGAGAGAGAUCGAGAGAUCUGUUAAUGGAAGAAUCCUCAAAGCACUUGCAUUUGCUGCUUCUCCUCGCACAUCAAUCGAACCCAACAAAAUUAAAGAACGAAAGAUUAGAACUUUGACAUUUUUAUUUUCCAAAAGAAGAAUCCGAGCGGACACUUGAAGAGCCCUCUUACUAAGUUUAGCCCAAUCCUGUUCUCUCCUCCAUCACAGAUUCUCCAGAUUCAUAGAUCUACCAAUUUCAUCGUGUUCCUUUUCCCUGUCUCUGAUCCUGUUCCGUAGAUUGCUGUUGUGGGUUCGGUUCCGUUGGAUGUCGCGGGCGCAGAACAAGGAGUUUCAGGAAUGGUGGAACAAGCAGCGAGAGAGGAACCAAGACAUUUUCUCCGGCGACGUCUACUCCACCGCCGCCGGAGAAGAGAACGCCUUCCUCACCGUCGAAAUCCGUACACCCGCAGUCGCCCCAGAUAAGGAUCGGAUCCGGGCUCGGACCGCCCGACAGCUCUCGUGGCUCUACCUCCUCAAGUUCCAGCAACUCGCCGCCUCUGUCGCCUGGGUCGCCUCCUCCUUCGUCUACCUUGUCCGAACCGCAAACCGCCGCAUUGCCACCGAUUCUCCGCCAUCGGUAUCGCCGUCUUCGUCGUCGUCCACGUCGGCGAGACUCUACCGCGCGAUAAAGGGCUUCCUCGCCGUUGUGAUCCUCCUCCUCUGCUUCGAGCUCGCCGCGUAUUUCAAGGGGUGGCACUUCGCUCCGCCGUCGGUGGCAUCGGCGGAGGCUGCGGUGGAGGUCGCUUACGCGCGGUGGCUGGAGAUCAGGGCGUCGUAUCUGGCGCCGCCGCUGCAGAGUUUGACCAAUGUCUGCAUAGUUCUGUUCUUGAUUCAGUCGGUGGACCGAUUGGUGCUAGUGAUGGGGUGCUUCUGGAUCAAGCUCCGCCGGAUAAAGCCGGUGGCGGCCAUGGAGUAUCCGGAGACGGCGGUGGAGGCGGGAGAGAGAGUGGAGGAUUAUCCAAUGGUGCUCGUGCAGAUUCCAAUGUGCAAUGAGAGGGAGGUUUACCAACAAUCCAUUGCUGCUGUCUGUAUCCUCGACUGGCCAAAGGAAAGGAUGCUUGUGCAGAUUCUUGACGACUCUGACGAAUUAGACGUUCAGCUUCUUAUUAAGGCUGAAGUACAGAAAUGGCAACAACGUGGAGUCCGGAUAUUGUACAGACACCGUCUGAUACGGACAGGGUACAAGGCUGGAAACCUCAAAGCUGCCAUGAAUUGCGAGUAUGUGAAAGACUAUGAGUUUGUCACAAUCUUUGAUGCAGAUUUCCAGCCUCCACCUGAUUUCUUGAAAAAAACCGUGCCUCAUUUCAAGGGAAAUGACGAUGUGGCUUUGGUCCAAACACGAUGGUCAUUUGUGAACAAAGACGAGAACUUGCUUACGAGACUACAGAACAUAAACUUGUCUUUCCACUUUGAAGUGGAGCAGCAGGUCAAUGGUGUGUUUAUCAACUUCUUCGGGUUUAACGGAACUGCUGGUGUGUGGAGAAUCAAAGCCCUCGAGGAAUGUGGAGGAUGGUUAGAACGAACAACUGUAGAAGACAUGGAUAUCGCUGUCCGUGCUCAUCUUUGUGGAUGGAAGUUCAUUUAUCUGAAUGAUGUGAAGUGUCUUUGUGAACUCCCGGAGUCAUAUGAAGCCUACAAGAAACAGCAAUACCGUUGGCAUUCAGGGCCAAUGCAAUUGUUCCGCCUCUGCUUCUUCGACAUCCUCCGUUCUAAGGUGAGUGUGGCCAAGAAAGCAAACAUGAUAUUUCUCUUCUUCCUUCUACGGAAGCUGAUCCUCCCGUUCUACUCGUUCACUCUCUUCUGCGUGAUUCUCCCGUUGACGAUGUUCUUCCCGGAGGCCGACUUACCGGCCUGGGUGGUUUGCUACAUUCCGGGGAUCAUGUCCAUCCUAAACAUCAUUCCGGCCCCGAGGUCAUUCCCAUUCAUAGUUCCUUACCUCCUGUUUGAGAACACCAUGUCUGUGACCAAAUUCAGCGCCAUGAUUUCGGGGUUGUUCAAGUUUACGAGCUCGUACGAGUGGGUAGUGACGAAAAAGCUGGGGAGAUCAUCGGAGGCGGACCUGGUUGCGUUUGGAGAGUCGGAACCACUUGUGGAGGCAGGGAGCAUUCAGAGAUCGUCCUCGGAUUCAGGACUGGCGGAGCUGAGCAGACUGGGGACGGGGAAGAAAGGAGGGAAGAGGAAGAGGAACAGGUUGUAUAGGACAGAAGUGGCACUGGCAUUGAUCCUGUUGGCAGCUUCAGCGAGGAGUUUGCUGUCGGCGCAGGGGAUACAUUUCUACUUCCUCAUGUUCCAAGGGAUCACGUUCUUAGUCGUCGGUCUCGAUCUCAUCGGGGAGCAAGUCAGCUAGUGGUAAAAUCAAUCACCCGUCUCGUCCCAGAGUUUGGUGCCCACUUCUCUUUGGUGCACAAUUCUUUUUUUUUUCUUCUUCUUCUGAGAUUUCAUUUCGGAUACGGGGGGUGGUGGGGCACAUAGUUUAUACAAGGGUCUGUCUGUUGCCAAAAAUUGGUUCAGCCUUUUGGAGACUCUGGACCAGCGUAACUGCCAAGGCCGACGGUGAAGAUGAUGAAGGUCAUCGUGUGGGUUCCCAGAAUGUAUUUGUCGUUUCCCUCAAUAUACACAGUCAAGGGUUUGACUUCGAUUUCAAAGCC